GGCUGUGGCAGCGAGGCAGCGGGAGUCGCGCGAGGAUGGGUCGCCGCUAGCCUCGCCCUCGGGCCGCGCCUCGCCGUGCGCAGCGUGGGGGCCGGCGCCGGCAGCGUCCGCCGGGGCGGCGUGGCGGGAGGUGGCCGAUCGGCUCGGGGCCUCGCAGCCACAGCCCCCGGCCCAGCGGGCCUCAGCGCGGCGGCGCCUGGCCGAGCCGCCCGCCCGCCCCGGGCGCCUCGCGGGCGGGAGAACGGAAAACUCCCAACUUCCUGAGUUCUAAGUUGCUGUUGCUUCGUACAAUGGAUGCACAGUCACAAGGAAUGCAAGGGCCACCUGUUCCUCAGUUUCAACCUCAGAAAGCCUUACGACCUGAUAUGGGCUAUAAUACAUUAGCCAACUUUCGGAUAGAGAAGAAAAUUGGUCGUGGACAAUUCAGUGAAGUUUAUAGAGCAGCCUGUCUCUUGGAUGGAGUACCGGUAGCUUUAAAAAAAGUACAGAUAUUUGAUUUGAUGGAUGCCAAAGCACGAGCUGACUGCAUCAAAGAAAUAGACCUCCUUAAGCAACUCAAUCAUCCUAAUGUAAUUAAAUAUUAUGCAUCAUUCAUUGAAGAUAAUGAAUUAAAUAUAGUUUUGGAAUUAGCAGAUGCUGGUGACCUCUCCAGGAUGAUAAAGCAUUUUAAAAAACAGAAGAGGCUGAUUCCUGAGAGAACUGUCUGGAAGUACUUUGUGCAGCUCUGCAGUGCCCUGGAACACAUGCACUCUCGGAGAGUCAUGCACCGAGAUAUCAAACCUGCUAAUGUGUUCAUUACAGCCACUGGGGUGGUAAAACUUGGUGACCUUGGUCUUGGCCGGUUUUUCAGCUCCAAAACCACAGCUGCACAUUCUUUAGUGGGUACACCUUAUUACAUGUCUCCAGAGAGAAUACAUGAAAAUGGAUACAACUUCAAAUCUGACAUCUGGUCUCUUGGCUGUCUACUAUAUGAGAUGGCUGCAUUACAGAGUCCUUUCUAUGGUGACAAAAUGAAUUUAUACUCACUGUGUAAGAAGAUAGAACAAUGCGACUACCCACCUCUGCCUUCAGAUCACUAUUCAGAAGAACUGCGACAGCUGGUUAACAUGUGCAUCAACCCGGACCCUGAGAAGCGGCCAGACAUCACCUACGUCUAUGACGUAGCGAAGAGGAUGCAUGCGUGCACUGCCAGCAGCUAAGCAAGCGCAGUGUCACGAUGAACAUAACCAAAAUAAUUUAAAGUAUUUUGUGCAGACUAUACCUCCCCAUUUUUGUCUCUGUGUUAGGAUUAAUAUUUCAGAGCUGUGUGCAUUAAAUCCUUAACCAGUUUCCGUGUAAGCUUCCAAAUCGCUUGCUUGUAAACCCCAAAUGUCUUUGAAAUAAUUGAAUCGCAUGUUAGGAGAGUGAAUGAAACACGAUGGGUUUUGAUGGCUAUUAUUAUUAUUAUUAUUAAGAAUUAUUUGGUGUUUUCUGCUGAUAAAUUGUGUUUCAGUAGACUGCCAGUGCCAAUAUUGAAGGUGCAGUUUGGCACACGUUAGGAUAGACUUGAAGCCUGAGGAAAAUUAUCUUAGCACAUGGCUUGUUUGCUUUUCAUCAUUUAUGGACAUUGAGGUGAGCACAUUGUGAAAUUUUGUGACUGCUUUGUCAAAAUUUGAAGUAUGUAUUUUAGUUUUAGCAGUGUAGCAUUCAAAUAUAAUGUAG